AUGACCUAUCAUAAUGUACAUCCAAUUAUGCCAACCAAGUUAUGUGGUAUUACCGGUGUUAUUACAUUUAUUCUUGUUGCAGCACCUGCAAAUUAUUUCGAUGUGAUUACAAUACUACUGCAAUCUAGCAAAUUUCAAACUUUGGCAUAUACAUCGGACGGGGACCAUUUGUUAGCCGGUGGUAAUUCUAAGUUUGUGUGCCUUUUCUCCGUUCCUAACACGUGUCUUUUGAAACGUUUCGAAAUCACAUGCAACCUUUCUUUGGAGGGCGUUCAGGAAAUGCAUGAUCGCCGACAAUUUCUUUCGGUAUUCGCCUCCAGAAUGGCUGCAGAGGAAAGCGGCCACAUUAUGAAACUCCCUGGGGUCAAAGCUGGCGAAGACCGUAGUCGGCGUUGGUGGCGUCCUGAGGUUAAAGUCUCUUGCUUGGCUUAUUCACCCACAGGUCAGUAA